GAGAACCCACAGGGAGACCCAUAGACACUUAGACACGAGAGAGACAGGAGGAGAGAGACAAAGGCACAGCGGAAGGAGAGAGAGACAGGGCAGGCCGAAGGCGAAGCCAGACAAAGUUGUACAGAAGGAGAGGCCAGAGAAGCUGCGGAAGACACUGGCAGGGAAAGACAAAGAUCCAGGAGAGGAAGGCACAGGAGGGCAGUUUGGAGGAACCAGACCCCUGGGCACCUCUCCUGAGUCUAAGGGUUAAGUUUUCUCCAUCUCUUCCGAAGGUCCUCAGCCCCUCUGAAAACUGCCUCUGACCUUGGCACGAAUCCUAGCCCCCAGGCUUUAGAGAGGAGCUUUCCACAGCUAGAGUGUGGAGGACUUCAUGCUCCAGAUGGCCUCAGUUCCUCCCAGCUGCAGCGCCCGUGCCAUGUCCCGGACCAGCUCACAUCCCGGGAGGGGCUUGGCGGGGUGCUGGCUGUGGGGAAUCCAACCCCGCCUGCUGCUCCCCACUGUGCCCCUCUCUGGGCUGCUGUGGCUGCUGCUGCUGCUGCUGGCCUCCCUCCUGCCCUCAGCCUGGCCGGCCAGCCCCCUCCCCCGGGAGGAGGAGAUCGUGUUUCCUGAGAAGCUUAACRGCAGCGUUCUGCCUGGCUCAGGAGCCCCCGCCAGAUUGUUGUACCGCUUGCUGGCUUUUGGGGAGACACUGCUACUGGAGUUGGAGCAGGACCCUGGUGUGCAGGUUGAGGGGCUGACRGUGCAGUACCUGGGCCAGGCACCUGAACUGCUGGAUGGGGCAGAGCCCGGCACCUACCUGACUGGCACCAUCAACGGAGAUCCAGAGUCGGUGGCAUCUCUGCAUUGGGACGGGGGAGCGCUAUUAGGAGUGUUGCAGUACCAGGGGGCUGAGCUCCACCUCCAGCCUCUGGAGGGAGGCACCCUUAACUCUGCCGGGGGACCUGGGGCUCACAUCCUGCGCCGGAAGAGUCCUGACAGCAGCCAGGGUCCCAUGUGCAACGUCAAGGCUCCUCCUGGGAGCCCCAGCCCCAGCCCCCGAAGAGCCAAGCGMUUUGCUUCACUGAGUAGAUUUGUAGAGACCCUGGUGGUGGCAGAUGACAAGAUGGCAGCCUUUCAUGGUGCAGGGAUAAAGCGCUACCUGUUGACAGUUAUGGCAGCAGCAGCCAAGGCCUUCAAGCACCCAAGCAUCCGCAACCCUGUCAGUUUGGUGGUGACUCGGCUAGUAAUUCUGGGGUCCGGUGAAGAGGGGCCCCAAGUGGGGCCAAGUGCUGCCCAGACCCUACGAAGCUUCUGUGCCUGGCAGCGUGGCCUCAACACCCCUGACGACUCAGACCCUGACCACUUCGAUACAGCCAUUCUGUUCACCCGCCAGGACCUGUGUGGCGUCUCCACUUGUGACACUCUGGGUAUGGCUGAUGUGGGUACUGUGUGUGACCCUGCUCGGAGCUGUGCUGUCGUGGAGGAUGAUGGACUCCAGUCAGCCUUCACCGCUGCUCAUGAACUAGGCCAUGUCUUCAGCAUGCUCCAUGACAACUCCAAGCAAUGUGUCAGUUCGAAUGGGCAUGGGAGCACCUCCCGCCAUGUCAUGGCUCCUGUGAUGGCUCAUGUGGAUCCUGAGGAGCCCUGGUCCCCCUGCAGUGCCAGCUUCAUCACUGAAUUCCUGGACAAUGGAUACGGACACUGUCUCUUAGACAAGCCAGAGGCUUCACUGAACCUGCCUGUGACUUUUCCUGGCAAGGACUAUGAUGCUGAUCGCCAGUGCCAGCUGACCUUCGGUCCUGACUCACACCAUUGUCCCCAGCUGCCACCACCCUGUGCUGCCCUCUGGUGCUCUGGCCACCUCAAUGGCCACGCUAUGUGCCAGACCAAGCACUCGCCCUGGGCUGAUGGCACCCCCUGUGGGCCUUCACAGGCUUGCAUGGGUGGCCGCUGCCUCCAUACGGACCAACUCAAGGACUUCAAUGUUCCACAGGCUGGUGGUUGGGGUCCCUGGGGACCUUGGGGUGACUGCUCUCGGAGCUGUGGGGGUGGUGUCCAGUUCUCUUACCGGGACUGCACGAGGCCCGUCCCCCGGAAUGGUGGCAAGUACUGUGAGGGCCGCCGCACCCGCUUCCGCUCCUGCAACACUGAAAACUGCCCGACUGGCUCAGCAUUGACCUUCCGUGAAGAGCAGUGUGCUGCCUACAACCACCGCACUGACCUCUUCAAGAGCUUCCCRGGACCCAUGGACUGGGUCCCUCGCUACACAGGUGUGGCCCCGCGGGACCAAUGUAAACUCACCUGCCAAGCCCAGGCACUGGGCUACUACUAUGUGCUGGACCCACGGGUGGUAGACGGAACCCCUUGUUCCCCAGAUAGCUCCUCAGUCUGUGUCCAGGGGCGCUGCAUCCACGCUGGCUGUGACCGCAUCAUUGGUUCCAAAAAGAAGUUUGACAAGUGCAUGGUGUGCGGUGGGGAUGGUUCCAGCUGCAGCAAGCUGUCAGGCUCUUUCAGAAAAUUCAGGUACGGAUACAACAAUGUGGUCACUAUCCCUGCAGGGGCCACCCAUAUCCUUGUCCGGCAUCAGGGAGCCCCUGGCCCUCGGAGCAUCUACCUGGCCCUGAAGCAUCCAGAUGGCUCCUAUGCCCUCAAUGGUGAAUACACACUGAUGCCCUCCCCCACAGAUGUGGUAUUGCCUGGCGCAGUCAGCUUGCGAUACAGUGGGGCCACUGCAGCCUCAGAGACACUGUCAGGCCAUGGGCCACUGACCCAGCCCUUGAUGCUGCAAGUUCUGGUGGCUGGCAACCCACAGAAUGCACGCCUCCGAUACAGCUUCUUCGUGCCCCGGCCAGCCCCUUCAACACCGCGCCCCCCUCCCCAGGACUGGCUACAUCGCCGGGCACAGAUUCUGGAGAUCCUUCGGCGGCGCUCCUGGGCAGGCAGGAAAUAACCUCACCAUCCCGGCUGCCCACUCUGGGCACCGGGGCCUCAGACUCAGCUGGAAGAAUGAGGGGGCUUCUGCAGCUGCCUCUUGCUAAGACACAGUGGGAAGGGGCUAUGGGGGUGAACCUGCUUCUCCUCUCUGCCCUAAUGUGCAGGCUGGCCCUGCCCUGGUUUCCUGCCCUGGGAGGCAGUGAUGAAUUGGUGGAUGGAAGGGACUAGGAGAUAGUCCCCUAUCCAAACUGCUCCCUCAGCCCUGCAGGUCAUGGGAGGGAGGGGGAAGGCAGGAUGGGCCCUGGGCCCAAGUUGUAUUUAUUUAGUAUUUAUUCACUUUUAUUUAGCACCAGGGAAGGGGAGGACUCUGGUCCUGGGGAAAUUGACCCCCACCCCUCAUAGCCCUCACCCUGGCUAGGAACUUGAGGGUGGCAGUGAUAAGCAUGAAUGAUUGUUUGUGUGUUUUGUGUGUGUGUGUGUGUGUGUGUGUGUGUGUGUGUGUGUGUGUAAGUCUGUGUAUUUACAUUGAGGUAUAACCUGCCUUGCUUUCCUCUCCCUGAAUUUUAUUUGCUGGGAAAGGAAGAAUCAAGAGUAGGUUGGACUUUUAAGGAGUGAGGGUUUAU